AUUGCUUGCAGCCACCAUGAUGGAACAGGACCUCGACGGCAUCGGCUUGUCGGCCGAUGCACUGGCGGCGCUGAGAGAGUUCGCUCUGGAGCGAGGCAUCACAGUCGAUGAUGACGACGAUUCGUUUGAUAUCCGCAAGGAAGUCCAAUCCGCACUCGAGGAGGAGAAGGGACCAAACGAGGACAAAUUCUCGUACAAGUUUGGCGCCGACAUCGCCAUCCAUCUGAAUGGGCUCCGUCGAGACAUUGGCCAGACGCUCAACAGCACUGGGCUAACGCUGUGGCGUGCUGGCGAUUUCUUGUCGGACUUUAUGUACAAAAAUCGCCAAUUGUUUGCAGGCAAGCGAACGCUCGAGCUCGGGAGUGGACUCGGUCUUUGCGGCAUCUUGGCGUGGCAUUUAGGUGCCCAUGUCUUGAUCACGGACGGCGACGACGAGUCGAUGGUGCUGCUGGAGGAAAACUGUAAACUGAAUGGUCUGGACACUGACGAAUGCUGCAAGAAGCUUCUUUGGGGAGAAGAUCUGACCCCAGAGACCCAAGGCACGUUCGACGUUCUCAUCGGUGCCGACAUCAUCUACGAAAAGGACUACGUUGGCCCGUUGUUUGCCACUGCCAGCCACUUCCUCGCGCGCUCUUCCGACGCCAACAUUUUCUACUUGGCCUACACCAAGCGCAACGUAUCGAUCGACUACGUCUUGACCUGUGCGUCGAACGCCGGCUUCUCUUGGAUAGCCCCGACGACGGACGAAGGCAUUUACGAAUUUACUCUGACAAGGCAGUAGAUGUCGAUAUUGAGCACUUCUCGUUCGACGCAAUGUUCAUGUCCGCAUGCGUGUUUGCGUGGGUCGUUCAUAGGCUGCCGCGCGGGACCAUUGCCUUCGGCACAGCCAUAUCUAGCUCUGAAGAAGUCUCGUCGGCAGUUCCCAGUGAUAAAAUCCAACAAAGUGACGUACUGUCGAAAGGGGCGGUGCACAGAA